AUGGAAAACUCACUGGCAACGCUACUCCUCCUCGUCCUCUUCCUCUCCCCGUCCCUUCACGAUCUCCCCCUCGCCGCCGACGCCAUCUCCGGCUGCGGCGACCACUGCCGCGACUUGAACGACUGCGAGGGAAAACUGAUCUGCAUCCACGGCAAGUGCGGCGACGACCCCGACAUCGGCUCCAACAAGUGCGGCGGCGGCGACGACGAGGGGGAACACAAAAGCAAGCACAAGCCCACCAAGAAGAAGAAACCCCACAAAAAGCGUAAGCACAACGGCGGCGGCGAUGAUGACGGUGGCGGCGGCGGCGGCGGCGGAACCUGCAAGCCCCACGCUACCAUCAUGGGAUGCGGCGGCCACAAGACGUACUCGUGCUCCCCGCCGAUCUCGGCCCAUACCAAGGCCAUAUUGACGUACAACAACUUCGAGAAAGGCGGCGACGGCGGGGACCCGUCGGAGUGCGACGGGCAUUACCACAGUGACCACGACUUGGUCGUUGCGCUGUCCACCGGAUGGUACAAUGGAGGGUCGAGGUGCAAGAAGAAGAUAAGGAUAAUGCACAAAGGGAAGAGCGUGGAGGCGACGGUGGUGGACGAGUGCGACUCAAUGCAAGGUUGUGAUCACGCGCACGCCGGGCAGCCGCCGUGCAAGAACAACAUCGUCGACGGGUCGCCGGCGGUAUGGAAGGCAUUGGGCCUGAAAAUGGAGAUCGGGGAGGUUCCAGUUACUUGGACCAUGGCUGACUGA